CUCACUAGUCCAGUAAUCCCACCAUGUUCUGGAUUCAUUGGGAAUGGUCCACUUGCGAGUACGGGGCAGGUUUCUUAGAAAGCUGAUUUAUUGGAUAUAAAAACAGCCUGAACCGUACGGAAAAGGAUAUCUCGCGACAUAUGAGGACACCCUCUGUCUGUGUCUUGCCUCACAGGAUGUCCAGCAUGGUGUUACUGCAAUAGAGGGCAAUACCACAUAAGGAUCUGCAAACAGAAGGACUCUGCUAGUGGAUCAUCAUGCCUCGUCUAGGUGUCAGUCACAGCUUCAAGCUUAAAUCUAACCCUGUUCGGCUUCUCUGUGUUCUGCUGGGCCUCUUAGUUAUACACACUCAUGCAAAAGAUGCCCUUCCUGUACCGCAGCAGGUCAGCCUGUCACCAAACCUUUACAAACAGCAACUAUCCAUAUCCUGGCUCGGAGGAGCAGCCACAACGUUUGACCUCAUGAUUCUACGAACGGAACUCAAUGAAACUGUCUUUUAUGAGACUGUGUCUGCGACAAUAAAUCAGGAGAGCGGUCGUCACCAGUGGAACUGGACCUCAGUGGAACCUCUAGAGUGUACCUCCCUGUCUAUAAAUAUCCGCUCAAGAGAUGGACAGACAACAAGUGAAUGGAGCGACACUCAGAUACUUCAAGGAAACGAUAUCCCCAGCAAUGAGAAAUUCCAGAUGUACCCCCAGGACAGAAUUGUGCCUGUGGGGGCCAACACCACCUUCUGUUGUAUCGUGGAAGAGGGGAAGGUCUUUGGCACCAUCCGCUACAGCAACAUAGUUAUGAACACGACACGGCUGAGCAGGCGAACUUAUGCCAUCACAGUGCUCAAUCAGGAACCGUCUAGCACCAGUACUGGAACCAACGUCCCUUGUUUAGACAAUCUGAAGACAAAAAUUACUGGAGCGGUGGUGUUUGUUGGAGAAACACCGCUGCCCACUGAUCUUGUGUGCGAGACUCGUGACUUAACCUCAGCCGUGUGCAGGUGGAACGAAGGUCGGAACACACACUUGUACGGCAAACAAAGAAGAACGCAGUACUCUCUGAACAUGAGGAGUUGCCCUGAAGACAAGUCACAGCAGAAGCAGAAAGAGUGUAGCGUAGACAAGUGGGAGGAUAACUGGACUCUGGUAGCUGUUAACCCUCUGGGCCAGUACAGCCUCUCUGACUCUGCUGAACUCACACACAGAGUGCGUCCAGUAGCACCAGCUAACGUUACCACAGUCGUCAACGCCUGGAAUGCCACCGUGCUUUGGCAGUGGAAGUACGAGAGUUAUUCCUCCCUCGCUCUUGUCUGCCAGGUAGAGCUGACCUCUCAAGGGUCCAAAACAAAGCGUACCUCCUCUGGUGUCGGUCUGCGGUCAGUGGUUCUUUCAGACCUCUAUCCUGAUGAGGAUUACAGUAUUCAAGUCCGCUGUGGUGCUCAGAAAAAUUUCUGGAAGUGGGGAAACUGGAGCGAACCAUUAACCUUCAAAACUAACACUGAUGUUCCAGAUGUUCCUGAUGUGUGGUUCUGGAUGAACAAAGACAACACUGGGCAGGUCAUUUGGAAGCCUCUGACACGACGACAAAGCCACGGUCAGAUCACAGGUUAUGAAGUCACUCUCUGGACGUCUGAUGAAAACAUACAGCACACAGACAUCUUUCCAGCAGAGACGUCUGCUACACCAAUAAACCUCACACAGAUCGCUGCUUUCAGCGGUGACACCAAGGUCACAGCAACAGUCAUUGCAAAGAACAACAAAGGGGUAUCUCAACCUGCAAGUGUGCUCAUACCUCUACAUUUGACAGAUGUUGAACGCCUUUCUGUUUCGAGGGCAGUUUACACAGACAGAGGUUUCCCUUUAUACUGGCAGAGCGACGCCAACGCCUCCUGUGGUUAUGUGGUAGAAUGGUUUGAUGCCUCCUGUUCACAGAACUGCCUCGUGGAGUGGAUCAAGGUGUCUGCUGGACAAAAUAAUGUCUCCAUCGAGUCGGCCUCCUUCAAGCCAGGUGUGAGAUACAACUUCUCCCUGUACAGCUGCUCCUCGGAGGCCCCAGAGCUGCUGCAGCGCUGGCAGGGAUACAUGCAGGAGCUGGUCCCGUCCAGUUCUGUCUUUCUGUCAAUCAGCCAGCAGGACUUCAAUGUUGUCCUAACCUGGGAAGAGAUCCCGCUGGUCGACAGACGAGGCUUCCUCCUGGGUUACAACAUUUACAUGAGUAAUGGCUCCCAGCUCACACUUCUAGCAAACUUAUCAGACGUAGGAAGCAGGAGGUACACAGUUAAAGGUCUCUCUGAGGGCUACUAUAAGUUCACUGUCAAGUCGUAUACCUCGGCAGGCGAGGACACAGGCGCCACUUCUUCCGUAACGCUGGAGCCAUACACUGAUUGGCUCAUCCUGGAAAUCUUGGCUUCUCUGGGAGUCACAGCUUUAUUCCUCGUCAUUGUCACCUACAUUUGCUACAAGAAAAGGAAAUGGGUGAAAAUGGCAUUUUACCCAGACAUACCUGAGCCCAAGCUGCCUGGUGAUUGGUCCAGGUCUCAGGGGCCGUUGGAUGUGAAGUCAUCUCCUCACAGCAUGGUCCAUAUUGUAGAAAGGCCUGAGUGGGAUUCCAGUAAAGAAGCUCUUGUGGUCAUUCCUGAAGAAGACGAGGAUGAAGAAGGCCAGGGGAUAGGAGAGGAGCCAGUUGAUACAGACGAGCCAACGUCACUACGCUACUACAACCAAGUGGUAGAUGAGCGGCCAAUCAGACCACGUUUCCCAGACUCCUCUGAUUCCUCCGCAUCCUCUUUGGAUUCAGCACGCACCGAUGUGACAUACACAGGGAUCCAGACAUCAGGGUCUUCUUUGGUCUUCCAGCUGGAUCCACAGGGCUCCUCUGACACCCACCGCCCACAGGCUGAUCUGCCUGUCAGCUGUGGAGGUGGAGGAGGGGGUUACCGGCCCCAGAUGCAACCUAGAGCCCACAAUGAUGGCUUUGACUUAGCUUCACCCGAGCCGUUCCAAGAGCCUCAGGCUGCCAGCUCUGGGGGCUACAAACCCCAGUGCUCCUGGCACUUGGACUCACCAGAGGAGGCCGGGGAAAGCGCCGGCUUGGCGCCGUCUCUGGGAUCUCCCACUUCUGUUGCUUCCACUCAGUUCCUCCUCCCUGAUGGAGAGGAACACACAGAAGAAAAAAAACACCUAUCAUCAUCACCUGCAACCUGGUUCACCAACCUGUUGUCAUCCACAAAACCAUGAUAUCAUCUCUCCUUCACUACUAGCAGCCAGGCCAGGGAGGGGGGGUUCACAAACAGAUUAUUUUAAUGUAACAAGUAUUAUGCAUAGCACAUAAAGAAAGACAAAUAUCCCCUCUGGUGUAGCACUGCAUUCAUACAGUUUCACAUUCAGGUUAAAUAUGCUAAUUUAUUUGUUCAUUAAACACAUAUGUAGUUAGUUGACCCUUUUGCGCAAAUACUAUAAAUAUCAGAUUCUGUAUAUUUAUAUGUCAAAACAUUUCCACUAAGACAACAAAUCCCCUCAUACCUCCCCCUCUUCAUACACAGUACAUUGCACCCCCUGGCCUCCUCUGGUCGUUACAUCACCCCCACUGCCCCCUCUGUGUCUCCAUAUAUAUAUGGGCAUUUAGCAAUUGCAUAUCCUGUGUUACAGAUGAGAUUAUCCAGUUUUUAGCUUGCAUUUCAGAUGCUUUUUAUUUUUUGUAAUGUGAAUUUAAGUACACUACAGAAAAAAAACUGAGAGCAAAAAAAGACUGCACACUAUCUGAAAAGGACCUUUUAUUUUCUUGGAAGGACACUAAGAAGACAACAGUUGAAAUGGAAGGUCGCUGUGAAGAAAGGAAACCCUUCCACUGGUUGGUAGCUGUGUCUUCUGCUAGUCCACAUUUGGAAUAAUUUUUGCUUGUUCGAUAACAGCUUAGGAAAUAAAAGGCAAAAUUCUACAAAUUUAAAGGUAUAUCAAGAUGGCACUCUCCUGCAACAAAACCAAGGUAGCUUCCUUCCUUAGAGAUGUGGUCUGUUACUGUCUGAACAGUGGGUGUUCACUGAAAGAUGCACUUACGAUCGAGAACAGUGAUUCUGUUUCUCUGAUACGAGUGGUGCUCACUAUUAUGGUCUGGAAUUAUGUGGCUCAUGAGCCCAGUAGAUAAACACUGAUAUAAGCUAGAACAUGAUUAUAAACUGAUGUAAUUUAAUGAAUGAAAACGCUCAAUUGUUACUUUUGAGUUUAUUUUGUUGUUUUGUUAGUUGUUGUCUUCCUUUAUUUUUUUAUCUGUCUUGUUGAGAGUUGUGUUUCCCAUUCAGGCCAGUUUCACUUUUCAAUGUUGAGUGUUACGCUCAAGCUGAUUUGCAGUGAACAUAUGAUGAAUUAACUUUUGAAUUGCCUUGAUUAUUGUAAUGCUUCCAGAAACUUGCACGUUAUAGAAUGAAAAUGUAUUUUAUUAGAAUAAACCCCUUGAGGUGUAUCACCUCGUUUUCAAGGGGGUCUCAUUCACACCAUUGGUUUAUCACUAUUCACAACACUGCCUUGCUCCUAAAUGUAUCAUGAACAAGAAUAUAUUACAGCAAUGCAGUUCAAAACUGAUUAGAAAAUGUAUUUUACUUAACAUAAUGCAAAAUUGGCUGGUUCUAAUAGAUAUUAGUACACUGUAAAACUUCUAAACGAGGCUUACAUUAUGUUUGCCUUGAUGUUUCUGUCAACCUUUUUAGUUAAAUUGUGUGGGUGUGGAGAAUAAUUAUUUGGAAGCUUGAUUUUGAAGUCCAGAGAAUUUUAGAAAGAUGUAAAUCUGCAAUGAAUUUUAAGUUUUGAAUAAAAAGUAUGAACCUAUUAAUCACAUUUCAUGUUCUCCUGACACCUCCCUUUAGGGCGAAGUUUGAAUAUUUAGGGAUGUUGGAGGGACGAACAGGAAAGAACGUAUUUGGAAAUGCUUGAGAGUGCUUUGGCAACUCAAUAGGUCAAACACUGCCCACUAACUGUUUAAGUACACUUUUAUGCAGUACAUUUGCUCUCCACCAUGAGUUAGGCUUCCUUACAGCAUCAUUAUGCAAAUAUUGUCCUUUGGCAUUAAUUCCUGAGGUUACCAGAAGGUUUAUUUUAUCCAGUUUUUCAGAGUCAGGCCCUGGUUUGCCUGUGUGGCAGCCUUUCUUUAGUUUCUCAGUGCCUCCAGCUAACAAGCUUUAAGUAAAACUACUGUGACAUGAAUGAUGACUUCGAUUGAGAGUAAUAGCUUUAAUGAGGAAGGGAUUACAGGCAGACAGUCCUCUAUGACUACUGAAAAAAAUGUCUAUCUUCUUUGUCUUCGCCUCUAUCACUGAUCUGAAUUUUUGCCUGAUUAAGGGAAUAAAAUGGUUAAUAGAAUUUGUCAAAGCUAUAUCUUACACCAGUCCAAUUUGAUCAUAACUGAACCAAGCAGUUACAUUUUGUGAGAUCAGUGAUGAAAAAGAUGCAAUGGUAAAGGGUGGAUAUAGUUUCCAGUCUUUUAACAUGGCAACAGAUUCCCUUUAUAUUUCCUCUAAAUCUUUUAUGCAAAAAAACUACAUAUUUGUUGUUGUUUUUUCAUUGUUUCCUGCUUACAAUACAAAAUGCUAUGUUGUUUUAUGUUGUAAAUUGUAUUCCCCAUCCGACGACAGGCAGAUAUACAGUAAUGUUGACUUACCAACUUUCUUAGGAGGAAAAAAGGCAAAUGUUUAUUCUGAUGAAUCUCGAAUAUAUUGAGUCCUAUAAAAUAUAAAGGAAUCACAUGUUUAAUGUAUAUUUGUUGUGUGCUUUAACACAAGGAAACAUUUUUUUAAAAAUAUCUAAAACUCAUUUUAACUAAAUUGUGAUUGUGUCUUAUUAGGAUAGUUUUGCCUGCUCUGCAUUCCUAUCUUAUCACAGCAUUGUCGCUUUGCUAGUCACAUUGUAAUUUGGGCCAGAGAAUUCACCAAGCAGACAAACAUGGUGACAGCUGACUUGCAAAUUUCCAUUACAGACCAUGAUUUUUUUUUUUUUCCAUUGUUCAUCCACACCUUUAAUGGGAGCCUAUGAUUACUCUGUAGGACAUUGGGAAUGAGGUUUAUAUAGCAGGGUACACUUGCUGCCUUAUACAUCUUCAUCUCUGGCCCUACAUAUAUUUGCAAAAUUGAUGCAUGCUAAACUAUUACCACAAAACAGUUGCAAGUAAAUCCUUCAAACUCCAUGUUUAUGUUACUGUGUGGCUUUGAAACACUAACACUGACUAAUGUUGUGCAUGACAACAGGACUGAAGAAAUUUGCUCCUUUAAAGGCUUUCAUUUCUAAAAAAGGCUUUAAAUUUAAUGAUGUUUCGAAUGGUUUACUUAUUGCAUUUACGAGACAGUGAAGUGCUUCUGAUGAAUAAAUAAAUGUUAACACUAAUAAAACAAGUGAAAUGCUACUUGAAUAAUGCAAUAAAUUUGUCUGGCCACCCUUAA